CCUGCACUAAAGAAAAUUCACAUCUCGAAGUCAGCUCGUACAAAAGACAUCCAAGACGUAUAACAGAAAAGACAUCAUGAAAUUGUUCAUAGUCCUUUGCAUGUGCAUCAUAGCCGCAAUUCAGGCUAAUAAGUUGGCUGAAAAACAGAUAGAGACGUACAAAGCUGACUGCAAGACUUCAUCGGGUGUUUCCGGCGAUGUGGUGGAUAAGACUAUUAAGGGCGAAUUCAGCGGAGAUGCCAAAUUGAAGGAAUACUUCUUCUGUCUUGCCAAAAAACUGGGUUUCCUUAAUGAGGCUGGAGAUUAUCAAGUCACAGUUAUAAACGAUAAAAUUACCGACCAUCAUGGACAGGAGACGGCUCGAGAUAUUGUGGCUGCUUGCACCCAGAAGAAGUCGGCUUCAGGUCCUGAAACCAGCUUCAACAUGGCAAAAUGUUUCUACGAGAAGUCGAAACAACACAUCGCUUUGGCUUAAUCUGAUUUUAUAACUG